GUUGUCUUGAAUCAACAAAUUCCGAUGAAAUUAAUAGUUAAAAUAUUAACUCAUAGAUCCAUGAAUAAGAAGUAAAAUAUGAUAAUAAAGCUAUAUUUGUCAUAAAUAUGCAAAAUAGUUGCAUGUCCCCAUUGAUAAAGUUGUUCAAUCAAAAGCAAAGAGUCCGUGCAGGAGUGGGAUCUAUUAGGUCUUAUUCCGACGUUGCUCCAACAAUUAAAUACGUGUCAACCCCCAUUUUCUACGUCAAUGCAGGACCACAUAUAGGACAUGCUUAUAGUGCCAUUCUGGCUGAUGCUGUAAGUAGAUAUUAUUCAAUGUUAGGGUACUCCGUUUUUUUAAGUACGGGAACAGAUGAACACGGUAAUAAAGUUUUUCAAGCUGCAAAAAAAACUAAAUUAGACACUUCAGAAUACUGUACAAAAAUCUCUCAACAGUUUAAAGAAAUGUGUCAUACCUUCGAUGUUAAGUACAGUCGUUAUAUCAGAACAACCGAACCUUGUCAUCAGGAGGCAGUUCAUAGUUUUUGGAACAAAUUGCAAGAAAAGAAUUAUAUUUAUCUAGGAAAGUAUUCAGGCUGGUACAGCACAUCUGAUGAGGCCUUUUUGACAGACAUAGAAAUUAUCGAAAAACAAGUAAAUGGUCAAAUCAUCAAGGUCUCUAAGGUUUCAGGAAAUCCUGUUCAAUGGACUGAAGAAGAUAAUUAUAAAUUUACAUUGAGUUCGUUCCAGGAUGAUCUCAAACAUUGGUUAAAAAAUGAACGAGCAGUUCAGCCAUUAAAAUAUUACAAGAUUUUGUCAAGUUGGAUAGAAGAAGGUGCAUGUUUAGAAGAUCUAAGUAUUUCAAGACCAUCUGAGAGAGUUCCAUGGGGCAUUCCAGUUCCCGGAAACGCAUCUCAUUCAAUCUAUGUUUGGCUAGAUGCUCUGGUUAAUUAUUUAACAUCAGUGGGUUAUCCAGAUCAUAAAUUUCAACGGUUUUGGCCUCCUAGUGUACAAGUAAUCGGGAAAGAUAUAUUGAAGUUUCAUGGAGUUUACUGGCCAGCGUUUCUAAUAGCAGCAGGUUUAGAGCCUCCGGCAAGUAUACUUUGCCAUUCUCAUUGGACAGUUGAGUCUGAAAAAAUGUCAAAAUCUAAGGGAAAUGUAAUAUCACCUAUUAUUGCUGCGUCUACUUUUACUGCACCUGGUUUAAGAUAUUUCCUCUUGAGAGAAGCUGUACCUCACAAAGAUGCUAUGACUCUAAUAUGACAACCUGAUGUGCCAUUGUGUUGGAGGAGCCUGUUUUUCACUGAGUGCGUCGGGUCAACGUGAGACGGUUGAAGACCAAUCAAAACUGUCCUAGAUUUAGUUUACACAUAUGACUCGAUACACCGUAGUUUACAUUGAGACACAUGUAGAAUGAUCCCGGGAA